AUGGCGGUCGCCAAGCCGAACGUGCCGGUCACGCUGACGGUGUCCGUCGACUUGGUGGGGAUGCUUAUCGGCAAGGGCGGCGAGACUGUGCGCCAGCUCUCCAGGGACGACAGCGGCGCUCGCAUCGAGGUCUCCAAGAUGCCGGACGGGGGCGCGGCGGGCCCUGUUGUGUGUUCGGGGUGGGG